GACUCCUGAGGUCUCUUCCAAGCCUUAUCUGCUAGGAUCCUAUAGCUGGUCAUACGCCUGCCAUCACAACGGCAUCCCAAGCAUCUCCGCUGUGAAGAGGAUUAACCCUCAAGCACCCCUGUGACCAGGCAGGGAAGUAUUAGCUCUGGGGCCUUUUGCAGCACAAGGCGGAUGAAACGACCUGCCUAAAAAUCGAUCCAGCAGCCUGUAGCUGGCAUAAGGACUGAGCGGGGGCCAGCCAGUACCCUAGUCACUAGACCAUGCUUCCUAGAUGAAGGCCUAGAUCCCUGGCUCCUUUCACCCCAGCGUGCGCCCCACACGGAGCUGUGUCUCCGUCUCUGGCGCGUUGACGGAGAAUUCUAGAGCCAAGGGGAGUGUUGGGGGCAGCGAGGGCAGAGUGCAGUUGUUCAAGUGAGAUCAGGGUUAAAAGACCUUCCCUACCCUGCUCUUGCCACAAGUGUGUGUGUGGGGGGAUCGGUGACCACCGCUAAGAGGUAGCACUUCUGCUUUGUGGCUCGGGUGUGAGGUGGCACUUCCAGGAACACAGAACAGAUCUCGUAGUGACUCAGGAAAGGGGACCCUGAGCUGAACAGCUCUAGUCCCUGGAUUUUCCAUGACUCUGCCUCCUCCACCUUCCGACCCGGCUCAGGGUUGAUGAGCUUUUGAGGGGCGGAUACAGGAGGAUACCAGCAUUGAACAGAACGAUGCUGCUGUUUGAAACCCCAUGCUAAGUUGUGCGCAGGCUGGGUACUUACAGCUGGAGCCGUUCCUUUUCGGUGAUGCACUAACCUCUCUCCCCCAGGGCGCAGUGACGGUCAGUACUUCUGGGACAGCAACUUCCUUGCCCCUGCAAUCACAGGCCAGGUGUGUGGCCCCUGUGCGGCCAUUCGGCGAAGGGGAAAUCUUCAAGUUACCAGGCAGGCUCAGAAUCCAGCCCUCGCUGUGGAGCAAAGACGAUGUGAGUCACUGGUUACGAUGGGCUGAGAAAGAAUAUUCCCUCCGGCCCACGGACGAGAGCAAGUUUGAAAUGAACGGAAAGGCCCUUUGCAUUCUCACCAAGGAGGAUUUCAGAUACAGGGCUCCCAGCUCAGGGGACGUGCUGUACGAGUUGCUGCAGUACAUUAAGACCCAGAGAAGAGCCCUGGUGUGCAGCCCUUUAUUUAACUCGCCCUUCAGGGAGGCCAAGCACAUGCAGCUCCAGAGCCAUCACGAAGGCGCCAGCUGCCAGCUCGACGUGGCCCCCACUGCCGUCCCUUCGCUGCCAGGCCACACGGAGCAGCCCCUGUCCCUGAGCCCGGCCCCCUGCAGACCUCAGCCACUGAACCUGUCCCACCACAGCCCACACGUCAGCUACAAGGCAGAGAUCUUCUGUUCUUACCCCGGCACAUCGCCAGCCCCCGUGGAUGGUAAAAUCGCAGACUGCAGGUUGCUGUGGGAUUACGUCUACCAGCUCCUCUCGGACAGUCGCUACGAGCAGGUUUUCCGGGUGGUUGACCCUAACGGACUCGCUAGGCUGUGGGGGAACCAUAAGAACCGGGCCAACAUGACCUAUGAGAAGAUGUCGAGAGCGCUAAGACAUUACUACAAACUCAACAUCAUCAGGAAGGAGCCGGGGCAGAAGCUGUUAUUCAGGUUUUUGAAGAGCCACGGGGAGAUCCUGCACGACAAAUCCAGCAAGCUGGAGCAGCUGGAGAGCGAGGAGCAGGAAGGCCUGGACUGUAAGGAGGACGUGCUGGAGCUCUCCCCCUAGGAAGCUGGCAGCCUGGUGCUGCCGUGGGCCCAGGCGACGCUGGAGACGGGCCUUGUGCCACUGAAGGGAGCCAGGACGCCUUGUGUGCGCAGACAUGAGCCGCUGCGUCAGGGGCUCAGUACAGACCGGCUGGGACUGGGCCACCCCGGG